AUGUCCAAAGGUACUGGUCUCAUUCGUCGAUUGUCUCGUGGUGCCCACAACAGACUCAGGCGAAGACCUUCCACCACACAAACCAAUCGCAUACGCGAUCAAAGCGCUGGCCCUGUCUUAGUACGCAGAAGGAGCGAUAGCACUGGACAAUCUGACCUAACUGGCGACAUGUCGGAUCUCGACCUCGGACGUACUUCAGAGGACGGCAAUGAAGAUACUGUCACCUCGUAUCCACCUCCGGAUUCCUCAAUAUCACAGGGUUUGCUUGCCAUGCGCAAGGCCUCAGCGACAAUGACUGAAGGUGGCGUUGCACCAACCAUUUCAUCCGUGCUGGAGCAAGGUACGUGGCUCACCAAGGUUACCAAGAAGAAGCGGAAAGUACUUAAAUUCCGCUUGGACCCUCUGGCCGCCAAAGUGUGCUGGAAUCCGUCAAAUCCGUCCAAACAAUUCUACAUUGAUGAUGUCCGUGACAUUCGGGUCGGCGCAGAGGCAAAGACAUCGCGCCAGGAUAUCCAAAUCCCCCCUGACCAAGAGCGAUGCUGGAUCACCAUCGUUUACGACGCAUAUGAGCGAUCCAAGGGUAGUUCAAUCAAGACCAUGCAUCUCAUUGCUCCCAAUGACUAUAUUGUAAAGCUCUGGACUGAUGCGCUGAACGUCGUGUCACGCGAACGCAUUGAGAUCAUGAACGCGUUAUCAGCAAAUCCAGAAAAGAGCGAGCGUAGCAUGAGGAUGGCGUGGAAACAAGCCACGUCACGUAAGAAUCCUGAUGCCGAACCAAAAAUCGAUUUCGAGGACGCAAAGUGGAUCUGCCGCAAACUUGAGAUUAACUGCUCCAUUAACACCAUUCGUACACACUUCAACCAUGCGGACCAUGACUUGGUUGGAGAGCUCAACUACUCGCAAUAUCAAUACUUUGUCAAUCUGUUCAAGAUUCGCAAAGAUGUCCAAUCACUCUAUUACGGCAUCAAGCGCUCUGAUGAGCCAGAACUGAACCAAGAGGCCUUUCUCGAGUUCCUACGUAAUGAACAACACAUCGACGUCGAGAAAGAUCGUGCUUCGUGGGAAAACAAGUUUGAGCUUUAUUGCCGAAGCGCUUCUGGCAAACCGACCGAUCGUCAGGUACCUCCCACUAUGAAUUUGCAGGCAUUCCAGACCUUCCUAUCCUCCGGGUCGAACGGGGCCACUGCUUCAAUCAAGUCUGACCCUACACUUGAUCGUCCACUCAACGAGUACUUUAUCUCGAGCUCGCACAACACAUACCUUAUGGGUCGCCAAGUUGCGGGUUUGUCUAGUGUAGAGGGCUACAUAUCGGCUCUUGUCAAGGGCUGCAGAUGCAUUGAGAUUGACUGUUGGGACGGCAAAAACGGUCUGCCCAUCGUCAAUCAUGGUCGAACUUUGACCACUGAAGUCAUGUUCGAGGAUUGCAUUGCUGUCAUCUCGCGAUAUGCGUUUGCAUCUUCAGCCUAUCCCUUGAUCAUAUCGCUGGAGGUCCACUGUAAUCCAGAUCAACAGCUGCACAUGGUCAACAUCAUGAAGCUCUACUUUGGAGUCGCUUUGCUUACCACGCCCCUGGUUGACAACGCAUCUGUUUUGCCCUCACCAGAAGAGCUCAAGAACAAGAUUCUAAUCAAGGUCAAAGCAGCCUCACAGCAAUAUGGAGCACAUGAUCUGGCAGACAACCCCAGUACCCGGCAGAGAAGUUUCAGCUCACCUUUUAGUCGAGCUGCAGAGAACAGUGUUCCUCCAUCACCAUUGCAGAAUGCUGUGAAUGGUGACGGACUUGUCACGAAGUCAUCGAACACUUGGCCUGUCCUCCGCGGCUCUUCAUCUACUCAAAGCACAAUACCGUCAACAUCGAGCUCCUCUGAAGACAGUGAUAGUACACCCGCUUCUGUUGAUUCCAAAAAGAAAACAAACAACAAGAAGACCAGCAAUAUCGUGCCUGCUUUGGGUGCCCUCGGUGUUUACGCCUGCGGCAUCAAGUACUCUGGCUUCUCUGCUCAAGAAGCACGGACAUAUAACCACAUUUACUCCUUCGCCGAAAAUACGUUUGAUCGUAUCUCCAAAGAUCCCGAAGUCAAGAGUCAGCUCGAAAAACACAACUCACGAUACCUCAUGAGAGUUUAUCCUGCUGCCAUUCGUAUCGAUUCGUCAAACUUUAACCCUCUACAAUGUUGGAAGCGUGGCGUGCAAAUGGCAGCUCUGAACUGGCAGACCUAUGAUAUCCACAUGCAGAUGAACGAAGCCAUGUUCGCUGCUGGCACAGACCGAACUGGAUAUGUUCUUAAACCCGAGGAGAUGCGCCACAACAAACAAUCUCUAGCCAGUGGUUCCUUGCUCGACAGCUUGAAAUUACUCAAACGAGGAAAACAUUUGGUACAGUUCAGUGUCGAUAUCAUCUCAGCCCAACGACUCCCUCGACCUCGUAAUCACAAUCCUGAACUAGGCAUGAAUCCAUAUGUCGAGUUUGAGGUGUAUGCUGCUGAAGACAACAAGUCUCGUGGUUAUGCCAAGGUCGACGGAGGCAUUGAUAUUCAGCCUUCUGGUAUCGGGCCUUCGGUCAAGAGAAGGACUAGACUGAUCGAAGGCAAUGGAUUUGACCCAAACUUUGGCGAUUGCUUUAGAGUGUCCCUUGAGACAAAGUAUCCCAGCCUGGUAUUUGUCCGAUGCACAGUCUGGAACUCACCCGAUGGACGCAAUGCCUCAUCUAACAGCACGCUCCUUGCCACCUUCACCGCAAAACUCACCAGUCUUCAACAAGGCUACCGUCACCUCCCUCUCUUCAACUCUUACGGUGAACGCUAUCGUGACGCCAAACUGUUCGUCCGUAUCAAGAAAGAUUUACCGAUUGCUUUGUCAGCAACAGAAGUCGGACCCAUUGAUGAGUCUUCCCCUACAGUCCCUGGUCCGCGGGCGGAAUCCAUAAGACAAGGGUCAAGGUCAUGGUCCAGAAAGAUAUUCAAGCGAGCUUCGAGCGAAAGAAGACGAAGACCGCAAUGGCCUGAAUGGCAAGGACCCCUCAGCAGAACCUCCAGUACCGAACGAUAUUCAUGA